AUGCUAUCUAUCAAAUCCCUUUUGAAUCCUCAGCCCGAAAGGCGAAAUCCUCAUCCGUCCUUCCCUGCCUCACGUGAGAAACGGCAGAAGAUGGCCAAGGACGCCCCAGUCUUUCGCCGUGGCAAGAUCCAGGGCGAGUGUCGCUAUCCUCCUUGCGAGGAAAGAGAUGCGGAGCUCGAGAAGGCUCAUCGAGAGCUCUCUCUACAUCCCUUUGGCAAUAUUGCCGACUAUCCUCGUCAGAUCCCUUAUGCCAGCGACAAGAAAACCUUCCAAGAGAAGACCGGUCGAGAUAGCUUCCAUGUCUUUCAAUACACAUUCCAAAUCCCCGGCGAGGAAAAGGAAUGGCAUGUUAUGUGGGACUACAACAUUGGCAUCGUUCGGAUUACACACCUGUUCAAGUGUAAUGGCUACUCCAAGGCAAGUCCACAAGGCAAGAUGCUAAACCAGAACCCUGGCCUCCGCGAUAUCUGCCAUAGCAUCACCGGCGGGGCACUUUCCGCUCAAGGAUACUGGAUGCCAUACGAAGCCGCCAAAGCCAUGGCAGCCACCUUCUGCUGGAGAAUCCGCUACGCCCUGACUCCACUGUUUGGCACAGAAUUCCCGGCUAUGUGUAUCCCCCCAACGGACCGCAAAACUCAUGGCCGCAUGGUCAUCCCCCCAGAGAUCGUGCAGCGUGCCACCAACCUUUCCAACUACUAUCGCUCGUUGGAGAUGAAGUCUAGCGCCGGAGCCAGCCCUCCCGCAAUCAAUGCACCUUCCUCAACACAUACCCUUCUCCAUGGUAUGGGACUAUUGGGCCGACAAGGCUCCUCCCUGACACUUCCCCCGCUCAAGAUUCCGCGUACCAAAUACGCCGACAGUAACCCCAGUGCCCGGGACUCCUCUAUGGAGCCUUACUGCAUGUCGCCCAGGAGCCAGUCGUCCAUGUCUACCUUCACGCCCAUCAACCCACCGCGCAGCUCUAACGCUAUCCCUCGCUCCCGGGUUGAAUCGCCCCGGGCCAUCCUCCGUGCUAUCUCAGAUGCUAUGCGCCCGGAUAAUGUCCCUAGUGGUAUCAGCGACAGUGAGACCGAGAGUGAUGGCUCGUCCAACAUGUAUUCCACUCCGAACUCCCCUCCGGUAGAUGACAAGGCCCCUGGCCUCGAUGAGCCCACCAACGCUGCUUCGGAUGUGGUCGCCACGCAAAGCGACUAUGAUGACCUAACUGACUCGGACGAUGAUUGGCAAAUGGACGACGAUGACGACGAAGACUACCGUGGACCCCCUCUCAAGAAGACUCUUGUUGGAGCUUCCGUUGGCAAAGACGGCUCUACAAGUCCCGCAUCCCAGACUAAGAAGUACCCCAUCCGGGGGUCUCGAGCUGCGCGUCCUCAGCCGUCGCCUCAUUUCACCCGUGAGGUAAAGGCUGCUGAAGCUCUUCUUCGUCUGCACAUGAAUGAGCUCGAAAGCACCGGAACCGAUACUGAGAUGGAAGAUGUCGAGUUGACCUCGCCUCCUGGCUCUCGCUCUCUCGAUGGUGACGAGUCUCGUAGCCGUAAGCGACGUCGAGCUUCGCUUUGA